UGCAUAAAACCACGCACGGUUAUUGAUCGAAUUAUCCGUUGGAAUCGUUACUGGAAACAAACAGGCUUCUUUAAUUUACUCUAAGUUGGACCUGAUGAGCUUUUACACCGCCCAGCAAUGAUCAUUGAUCGAUCGAAGUAGAAAUCGAGUGCGCAAAGAACGACCAGAGACUGGAGCUACUAAAUAAGAAAUCAGACAAGAUCGAUGGCUAAAUCAAGAAUUUAAAUCUAGUUUCAGCUAAUGCAUGUCUGCCGGUCUUCGUACGCCCGACGACCGCAAUCGAACCCAUGUUCAAAAUGACUUAACACAAACGCCUGCCAGUAUUAUUACAGCGCAACCAUCAUUCCGAGCAACAGUCAUCCCGUACCCGUCGUGCGAAAUAGUUGUGCACAAGAAAUGGUUGACGAUACGGAAGGCAACGGAAUAGAUUUGAAGAAAGAUGGUUUUUUAAAUAAACCUUUGGAGAGCAGCAAGAGCAGUAAAUUCAGUAAGUUUCGAAUCACUGUAGAGCCGUUAGGUUUUCUAUACCUCAUUGCCAACAUCAUACAGUCGAUUGUCACGCCUAAUCUGUUUCUUUACAAAGUUUGCGCGGUCAAUUUCCAAGUCAACGCCACACUCUGCGAUCCCCGUAGUAAAAUGAACCGCAACAAUACUCAACUCGCGGAUCGUGUUCAGAGUUACGUCAGUACUUUGAAUAUUUACGGCUCGCUCAUUGACAACAUUCCUUCAAUUUUCCUGAUGCUUUUUCUAUUACCAUGGAGCGACAAGCACGGAAGAAAGCCUUUGAUGAUAGCUCCUCUGAUCGGACAUGUCCUGUGUUCUUUAUCGGACAUUACCAAUUAUUACAUUGAAUCAUUACCGGCUGAAUAUCUUUUGAUAUCCACAGUUUUUGUUGGCCUCACAGGUGGUAGAGGUAUCUAUUUUAUGGUAUUACAUAGAUAUAUUAUUGAUAUUACAACUACGGAGGCGAGGACUUGGCGUUUUUCGCUCCUUGGCGGAAUAGUUGGAAUUUCAGUACCAAUUGGAAAUUUAAUUAGUGCGUACAUUUACGCAAGCGGAGGAAAUAUAGCCAUAUGGGGAACGGCACUGGCUUUGUACACUGUCGCAUUCCUCUACAUCAUAUUUUUCUUGGAAGAUUCAUGUGGUACCAGUUCCAUCGUUGAAUCGACUGACACGCAGAUUAUCGAGAAAUUGAAAUACGGCAAACUGGAAAAUAUGAGACUAUUACCGAGGGUCAAAGAAAGUUGCGUAGGCAUAUUAAAUAAUCUAAUUCUGUGCUUUACUGAGACCUUUAAACGACGACCAGGAUAUAAAAGAGCUUGCCUGUCGAUUCUGAUGGCUUCAAUGUGUAUUCUGAUAUUUGCUAACGCAAACAAUGGCGUUGGUUAUUUGUUCACCAGGAAGAAAUUCGGCUGGGAUGCUCCGGAUUGGGCCUUUUAUGUUACAAUCGCUAGUGCUGCUGCUGUGUGUGGAACUUUAAUCCUUCUCCCCAUUCUAAGUGGAUACUUUAAAGUGCGUGAUGGUAUAAUAGGGGUUAUUUCACUUUUAGCCAAUAUAGGCUCAAAUCUGACUGUCGCAUUUGCCGUGUCUCCGUUAAUGAUGUAUUUGUCAUCUAUUGGUAACUUCUUUUCUCCGCUUGCUGGAAUCAUAAUCCGUUCCAUAUUCUCCAAAACAUUGAGCAGCGAUGAAUUGAGCUAUGCUUAUUCAGUAUUAGCUUCGAUUGAAGCUGUUGUGCCUUUAAUAACGUCUCCCUCCAUUAAUCUCAUUUACCGGGCAACUCUAAGUUUCUUUCCGGGAUGCAUUUUUUUAGUGAGAGCCUGCACGCUUGUGGUUCUAUUGGUCUUAUUCGGGAUUUUACUUCUACUGAUUUGGAAAGAUUCGCAAUUAAACCAAGUCCAACCUUUUCGACAUCGCGAUGAAAAACAGACUCCCUUGAAAAGACCUAUUACCGUCCAGCAGCUACCGGACUGAAUUUUAAAUUUCAUUCCAGCAGUAAUCGUUCACCAAUCACUAACUUUAUUUAAGUAUUAAAAUUUUGCACAAUUUUGCAACUGUCUGAAAAAUGUGUUUUUUUUUCUCCAAUCGGUGAUGGGUUUGGAUCUUCUGACUAAGCAAUACGAGACAGAGGUUAGGAAAUGGAUAACUCCAUGGAAAAAUGAGAAGAAAAAGUCUCGUUUAUUCACCCGACCCGAGAGUCCACCUUCAAGUCCCCUCCCACCCUCCGCUAUAGCAAUCGGCAGAGGCCCUAAGAAUAUAAAGGAUGGUGGUAGGGAGGAAGGUUUGAAUUCAUCCGUUCAUUCAUUGAACUUCACAUUUGAAAUAAAUCUUAUUAUUUAAAAAAAAAGGGGUUAAUCAAAAUUUUAAGAAUAAUGGCGAAAUAUAAAAAUUGUAAGAAUAAAAACAUUUCCAAUAUUCCGUAUUUAGAGCAAUUAAACAACGGAAAUGUAACGUAACAGACACGCAACACAAAUGUUAUACUUUCAUCAAGGAAGAGAAAGCGAGGAUAGGAACUAAUGUGUGCCUAUUUCAGCGUAAAACAAUGUUGUAGGUUACAAUGAAAAGAGGAAAAGAAUUGAUAAAGACAUUUGAAAAGAGUUCAUUUAACAUUUAUGACGUUAGCACACAGGUGUAUAGAAGGGGAAGAGCCCCGUGAGGGUGAAGUGAAAAGAUCAGUGAACGGUGUAGUCGAUGCUGCCCACUGGCUCCAGGUGGCGUUCUGUAGCUGGGAGCUGGCCAGUGGCUGGACAGGAAUCACAAUUUCACAAUCAGUUUUCAAUGUGAAAAAGCCAAAGCUCAACAAUGUCACAGUUGGCCUUUAAAAGCAUAGACAUGUGAUAGUAUUGAAAUUAGUCUGAAGCCGUGUAUUGUUGAAUUGACAAAAAUUGGAAACCUGACAACUUUGUAAAGAAAUUGCGCAAUUUUCCUAUUGUGAUUUGAUAUUGAUAGUUGGUACUUCGCGUUGAGCUUUCACCUGUGUAAGUUGGUGUUGAUUUAUAAAAAAGAUAUAGUGACAUCCGUCAACGAA